AUGCAGAUCUCAUUGGCGUGCGAACAGCCCUCAGGAGCCGAGGACGAGGAGACCUGUUUCCAUCGUUUCUCCGGGGCGACAGGGACGGGCGCAGUGGCGGCAGUGGCUGCGUUGGCGGCUCAGCAGCAUCAGCAAAAUCUGCUUCUUCUCGCCUCAGAUUUGCAGACAGCAAUUCGGCGAUGGUGUCCUGUGUCCGGAUCUUCUUCUCGGGAUUCAUCGACGCCUAGCAGUGCCUUGCAUGCGGCGGGAGGCACGUCGCCUCCGGGCGGCGCCCGCAUGCGGGGCCUUUUUGCUCGACCUAACGCCAAGAAGGAUGGGAAGCACGGCUACCUCCUGCGGGGUUGCAGAAUCAAGAAGAUUCCGCAGAGGACAGUGGCGCUGCCUAGACACCUGUACCGCGAAGAGGCGGCGAUUGAGGAGGACGACGAGUUGCCUGUCCUCAGCUACCUCGAGGGGGAGACGCUCUUCGCCGCAGAGGAAGAGCCAAGUCUCCACCACGUCCGCACAGCGUCUGCGAGCUCCGCGCGCUCCCGCAGCGCCGGCACCAAGGGCUGGGGCGAGUGGCCCCUGCGACCGGAGAACGAGGAGACGCUGUCGAAUGACGAGGAGGCUCAGAGUUGCUGCGCGGAGAACGGUGCCGGGACGAAGGCUGAGACUGACAGCGACGCUUACUGGGAGACACCCGAGAGCUUCUUGAACUCGGAGGCACGAAGCCGAACGCGGAGAUGCAGCGCCUCGCUCGCCGACCCUGCAGACACGCAGACGAGUGGAGCGGACGAAACGGAGAGGCGGGACGCCUCUCAACCCCAGGAGCGGAUGUCGAGUGCGGAGAGUCGCAGCUGCGAAGAGGCGUCGAGUCCUCUCAUCAGCCUGAGGAAGCACAUUCACGUCUUCCAAACCAAGUUCAGGCGCUCGGCUUCCUCCUCGCCGAGAUCCGUUGUCUCUGUGGAACGCGACGUGGAAGUGAAUGGCGUUGACAGGCAUGACAGGCAUGAAGCCGCGCCCUCUGGAGACGCUCCUGCGAACUCGCAAGUGGAGCAGGCGAGCCGUAGGUCGGAAGACGUCUCUGGAAGCCGAGAUAAGAGAGGCGACGAGGAGGCAAACGGAGCGAACGAGAAAGCCUCCGCAGACAGAAGUGCAACGACUGACGCGCUCACCGCCUCCUCUGCGUCCUGCCAGGAGGAACACCGCCGCCUGAACUCAGACGACACUCCCGUUCCCUCAACCACACACUCCGACCUGUUUGGAGUCGAUGCAAACGGACAGGAGCGAGACGCUGGACAGAGACAAACACCGAGUGGACAGGUGGAGACCAAGAAAGACGAGAAACAUCUGAAGCCGGAGACGCGAUUCGCCAAGUCGCCUGUGUCCGCCGAGCGCGUCUCACCGUCUUCGACUGUAGGGCUUGAGGGAGCCUCUCAAACCGCAGAAGAGAAAGAGCGGGACUCAGAGCCGGAGCGAAAGGACGAAUCGGAAGACCGUGGAGGGCGUGACGAGCCCGACGUGCUGCCUCAGGCCUCGGACCGGCUACCUUCUCUGAGCAAACACGACAAACUGCAAGAUCUAAAUCCAUGUUCAGACGCCGCAGAAUCGUCGAGUGUUCACACAACUCUCAAAAGCGUUUGCGCUCUGUCGCCCUCCAACUCGUCCAGCAUGAUGGAACACACACUCGUUCGAGAUCCGGUAGAAGCGGCGGUGGCAGCGGCUGCGGCAGCCAUGUCUGCAGCGGCAGAGGUAGUUCGUCAGCAUGCGAGUUUAGACGAAGUGAAAGCAGGAGAGGGUUCACCUUCUUCAUUUCGCGAUCAAGCUGAUCUUCAUGGAUUUGUCCACUCCUGGUUGACGGCGUGUUUCGAGAGGUUGAGAGACUCUGCGGGCCAGUCGCGCGUGCAGCCGCACCAGUCGAAGAUCCGGGGCGGAGAGAGCGACAUGCACGUCCUCGUGGCGUUCGGUAAGCGCCGGCUGAAGGAGGAGCUUAGAGCGUACGAUGUUGCCUUCGAAAAGCGGUACGGGAGACAGCCAGAGCGUCUGGAAAAGGAGCCGCUUCGGCCGCUCUACUCGCAUUACCAGUAUCUCCGCCGUGUGCUGCUGCGCCUUGAAUACCAGCAACGCGAGCAAACCACAGCGCGAUCGGUUGCUACCACCUUUGCCCUAGAAGAAAAUAUCAGCGCAGUCACUUCAGAGCCAGUGCAACCUGCCUCAGGCGGCAGGCGUGAUUCGAAGUGGCAAGCGACUGCCUCGUCACGCGAAUCUGUCAAGUCACUCUCUUCACAAAACAGUGACGAGCUAAAAUCUGGAGACACAGUUAUCGCUGGUGACAGCCAUCGAAAGUUGGCAUCGUCGCCAGCUUCGAGGCGCUCGUCAAUUGGUUUAGGGCGGGAUACCGUCUCUCGAACGCAAACGCAGUCUUCUAGUGCUAGUCAGACGAGCAGUGAGCCUUCGAAACUGCAGACGGCAAUGUCGAGUAGGUCAGGUGGCUUGCACAUCGUUCCAGAGGGCAAAAAAGCGGCAACAGACUGCUCAGGUCGCGCGCCACGAGUCACACAGCGAGUUUCACAGAGGACCGUCGUCGCGGUCAGUCCUAAACGACACGGUUCCGGAAUGAUUGACGCCGAAGUGGAGGGGCCUACCGUGCAAGGAAAGGCUGCAGGAAACUUCCGACAGGCGCGUCAGCAUUUGACCAACAGUCGUGUGAGUGUUGUAUCUCGGGAAAAGGCAGCUGAGCCCGUCUUGUCGGAGGGAGAUUCGCGGAGUGCACAUGCUGUCAGCAAUGUGAAAGAGGCGAACGGAAGGGGUCUACGUGGAGAAGAGGCUGAGCUGCGACUAGAUAAGCAGAAACUUGCUGCAAAAUGGGCUGAUUCCGAACACCACGUAGGCAGGCUUGUGGACACGGGAGGAAAUGUGUCUCACGAAGCAGCGACAACUUCCGUGGGGAGAAGUGGUAAGGAGGAUGUGGUGGGCAGCCGAGCUGUUGAGCGACGAAGACAGAGUGGCGGCGAGAAGUUCGAGGAGUCAUGCCGGGACGCAGUAGGUACCACCGCUGUAGCCACUGGGAUCUCUUCUAGUUCGGAUCGCUUGCGACAGAAAGGGAGGCCCCCAGGCCUAGCGGGCAAUGCCAGUGGCGCUACACCUCACGGUGCAGAGCGUGAAGUACCUAGCACGAGCAGCAUGGAGAAAAUGGCGGGGAAUCGCAGAACAAAUUGCGUGGACAGAUCUCCGACCCGACGUGUUGGAGAAGCAGGUCGGUCGUUCUCUCAAAUUGUUCGAAGUGAAAAUCAAGACGCAGUGGUAGGACAGAUCGCGUUGGGUAGCGGUCAUUCCAGCGCAAUGGUUAGUAAUGAAAGACGCAAAAGCUUGCGCAAGGAGAGUGGCGAAGUGGCAGUAGGAAGUGUGGAUGAGGUAGAGCAGAGACUUCUGCGACUUCAGCAUGAAAAGCGGCAGCUGAGAACGAAACUUCUGACUUACCAAGCGAACUUCAUUUCAGAGACGGGAAGACACGUUCGCCUCUACAAAGACAUUGCUCCCAUCGAGAGGGAGUACAGAAGAUACAAAGAUGUGAAACAAGAAAUUUCGAGACUUCUUGAAAGGCAGACGAGUCGCCUUUCAACUCCGUCCCACACCACUCUCUGUCAGCGCGGACCUGAUGAUGACACCAUACCGUCGGAAGUGUUCGACCAAACCCGGCAUGAGUUCUGUGUGUAACGAAAGGAACACGACAGGACGUGUAUGCAUGAAACUUUUUCU